CAAGAGAGCGAAAUAUAGAUAGAAAAGAUAAGAGAACCCCCUCUGUAGGCUGUUUUGUGUUCCAAUGGAGGGUCUCUUGUCAGUGCCGAUAAAAGUUCCCCCGGAUCGAGUUGGGUCGCAAAACUUUCCACAGGCCCCCGAACCUGCCACGCGUAGAACAAGAUAGUCGCCGGAUUAGCUGACCGGCAACCCAAAACACCACCCCACCCCCCAGCACCACGGUGACCACGCACAAUGGGCAUGUUUCUGGCACAGAAUAGGCUACUCUGCCGGGGCUUUGUCAAUAACAGAGUUUGCUUGCAGAGCUUGAGAAACUUUGCAGCCGCUACCGAUAACACCAAAAACAAGAACACCACGACCGGCAACAACAAUGAUAGCACGGCCUCUGUGAACGACAGCCACCCCCUGCAGGGGGUUCGGAUAUUGGACCUCACGCGCAUCAUUGCCGGCCCCUACUGCACCAUGGUGCUGGCCGACCUGGGGGCGGAGGUCAUCAAGGUGGAGCGUCCCAACUUCGGUGACGAAUCCCGCAAAUGGGGACCACCCUUUCUGGAAAACAGUACAGAUUCCGCCUACUUCCUGGCCCCGAAUCGCAACAAGAGGAGUGUCUGUAUCGACAUAAAGCGGGGCACGAAGCUGCUGCACAAGCUGGCCGAGAUUAGCGACGUUCUGGUGGAGAACUAUGUACCCGGCACUCUGGAGCGCUAUGGCAUGGGCUACGAGCAACUGAAGAAAGUGAAUCCAAAGCUGAUCUAUUGCUCUUUGACGGGGUAUGGGUCUGUGGGACCGUAUGCGAAGCGACCGGGCUACGAUGUGAUUGCCUCUUCGGUCGGAGGACUCCUGCAUAUCACGGGGGAGCGAGACGGGCCACCCAGUAAGGUGGGCGUGGCCGUAACAGACGUGGCCACAGGUCUCUAUGCUCAUGGAGCUAUUUUGGCGGCCCUCUACCAGCGGCAUCGGACGCAACGCGGCCAGAAGAUUGAUGUGAACCUGCUGUCCACCUGCUGCUCCAUGCUCAUCAAUGUGGCCGCCAACUACCUGAACGCCGGAGUUGAAGCGGAGCGUUGGGGCACAGCCCACUCCAGCAUUGUUCCCUACGAAAGCUUCAAGACGCAGGAUGGCUAUCUCACCUUGGGCACCGGAAGCGACGCCCAGUUCCAGGAGCUGUGUAGACGCCUGAACGUGGAGUCCCUCUCACAGGAUGCCAAGUUCAAGACGAAUAAGGAUCGGGUUAAGCACCGUGAGGAGUUGGUGCAACUUCUGGAACGAAUCCUGGCCAAGGACACCUCGCGAAAUUGGAUGCAGUGCUUCGAGGGCGCUUCCUUUCCCGUGGGACCCGUGAACAAUAUACGCGAGGUGUUCGAGGAUGAGCAUAUCCAGGCCAUUGGCCUUGUCAAGACCCUGCCACAUCCCAAGGCCGGCUCCGUUAAGUUGGUGGGACCGCCAGUGGUGUACAGUGAUGCUCGGAAUGAUGCCCGUACAGCUCCGCCGAUGCUGGGCGAGCACACGGACGAAGUUUUGGGAGAGCUACUGGGCUACAAGCAGGAUGAGUUGGCCGAGCUAAGGGAACAAGGUGUUAUUCAAUAGGAUGUGCUGUUUUAUUUUAUCUAUGAAUCUUUUGGAUCCGAAAUUACUCGUUUGGUAUGAAGCCUUAGCUACAGGAAAAAGUGCAUUUUAAUGAACCAUAAAAUUAGAAAUGUUAAAAAGAAAUUGUUGUAAAAUAGCGUAUAAUUUAAUAUAUUUUUUACUGAAAUAACUCGACAAUAAAUUGUUGUUCAAAAAUGA